GCCGAGUCGGCCGAGGGGCCCCCGGGGCCGGCGGCGGCGCUGGAGCUGUGGCUCAAUAAAGCCACAGACCCAAGCAUGUCAGAACAGGAUUGGUCAGCUAUUCAGAAUUUCUGUGACCAAGUGAACACUGAUCCCAAUGGCUCAACCCAUGCACCUUGGCUACUGGCCCACAAGAUCCAGUCUCCACAAGAGAAAGAAGCUCUUUAUGCCUUAACGGUGCUGGAGGUGUGUGUGAACCACUGUGGGCAGAAGUUCCACAAUGAGGUGGCCAAGUUCCGCUUCCUGAACGAGCUCAUCAAAGUGUUGUCCCCAAAGUACCUAGGCUCCUGGACCACAGAAAAAGUUAAAGGCAGAGUCAUUGAAAUACUCUUCAGUUGGACAGUCUGGUUUCCAGAAGACAUCAAGAUCCGAGAUGCUUACCAGAUGCUGAAGAAACAAGGAAUCAUAAAGCAAGACCCUAAACUACCAGUGGAUAAAAUCUUGCCCCCACCUUCUCCCUGGCCCAAGAGCUCCAUCUUUGAUGCCGAUGAAGAAAAGUCAAAGCUUCUGACAAGGCUUCUGAAGAGCAACCAUCCUGAGGAUCUUCAGGCUGCAAACCGGCUGAUCAAGAAUUUGGUCAAGGAGGAGCAAGAAAAAUCAGAAAAGGUGUCCAAGAGAGUCAGUGCUGUGGAGGAGGUACGGAGCCACGUGAAGGUGCUGCAGGAAAUGCUGAGCAUGUACCGCAGGCCAGGGCAGGCCCCGCCAGACCAGGCAGCCUUGCAGGUAGUGUAUGAGAGGUGUGAAAAGCUGCGGCCCACCCUGUUCCGGCUGGCAAGCGAUACCACUGAUGAUGACGAUGCGCUCGCGGAGGUUCUCCAGGCAAAUGACCUCCUCACCCAGGGAGUUCUGCUGUACAAACAGGUGAUGGAGGGCCGUGUCACCUUUGGGAGCACAGUGGUCAGCUCUUUGGGAGACAUACCUGUCUCCAGAGUCUUUCAGAAUCCAACAGGCUGCAUGAAGAACUGCCCCCUGAUUGACUUGGAGGUGGACAGUGGAUCCAAGCAGGCUGGGACUGUGGCGCCGUCUUUACUGCAUCAGGACCUGGCAGCCUUAGGGAUCAGUGAUGGCCCAGUUACCAAAAAGGUUGCGAGUCAGAACUGCGGUCAGGAAAAGAGGAACCCUACCACCAGCACACUGCCGGGUGGUGGUGUUCAGAGCCCUUCUGCAGAAAGGAACUUGCUGGAUCUCCUCUCCCCACAGCCGUCUCUGGGGCCUCUGAAUUAUAUUCCGCAGAAAAGUAUCCCCAGGGAAGUGCCACCAGGUACUAAGUCCUCUCCAGGUUGGUCCUGGGAGGCUGGCCCAUUGGCUUCUUCUCCGUCUUCCCAGAAUACACCUCUGGCUCAAGUGUUUGUCCCUUUGGAGUCUGUUAAGCCCAGCAACCUGCCUCCUCUUAUCGUGUAUGACCGGAAUGGAUUCAGAAUUCUGCUCCACUUUUCCCAGACUGGGGCCCCUGGCCACCCAGAGGUACAGGUGCUACUGUUGACCAUGAUGAGCACGGCCACCCAGCCUGUCUGGGACAUCAUGUUUCAAGUAGCUGUGCCAAAGUCAAUGAGAGUGAAACUACAGCCAGCGUCCAGCUCCAAGCUUCCUGCUUUCAGUCCUUUGAUGCCUCCAGCAGUGAUCUCUCAGAUGCUGCUGCUUGACAAUCCACACAAAGAGCCCAUCCGGUUACGGUAUAAGCUGACAUUCAACCAGGGUGGACAGCCUUUCAGCGAAGUAGGAGAAGUGAAAGACUUUCCAGACCUGGCAGUCUUGGGUGCAGCCUAA